AUGUCCGUGGAAGAAAACUUGGAGCGGACCUACGAUCUGAAUCAAACGUUUCAAACAGAGGAUCGGAUAGUCAACGUCACUCAGACCGAUGUCAACGGGACGGACGUGAUCGACUCUUUUUACUUCUACAAGACCGCACAGUUCACCGUUUUAUGGCUGCUGUUCGGGAUGAUCGUCGUGGGUAAUAUCGCGGUGCUGAUUGGCCUCUUAUGGGGAAAACGGCGGAAGACGCGGAUGGACUUUUUCAUCAAACAAUUGGCGUUCGCUGAUUUAUUGGUCGGCCUGAUAAUCGUGCUGACGGAUAUAAUUUGGAAAAUAACGGUGACCUGGCACGCGGGUAAUGUCGCCUGUAAGCUGAUAAGAUUCAUGCAGUUCCUCGUCAUGUACAGCUCGACGUACGUACUCGUCGCUUUGUCCAUUGACAGAUACGACGCCAUCACGAGACCGAUGAAUUUCACUAGCAGGUGGUGGCGAGCCAGGGCCCUUGUCGUAGCUGCCUGGGGCCUAUCAGCACUGUUCAGCGUUCCAGGCAUUUUCCUUUUCGAAGAGAAACAAAUAGAGGGGAGGGCACAAUGCUGGAUGGAACUGUCUGAGACGCAGUGGAAGAUCUACAUGAGCCUGGUCAGCUUUGCCCUCUUUAUAGCCCCUACUCUGAUAAUAGGAGGCUGCUAUGCUGUGAUCGUAGCUACUAUAUGGUCGCAAGGAGGAGCAUUACGCCAGGGACCUGGUAGGGACAUCAGGAGAGCCUCGUCCAGAGGACUUAUUCCUCGAGCCAAAGUUAAGACGGUCAAAAUGACCCUCGUCAUAGUAUUCGUAUUUAUUCUAUGUUGGAGCCCGUACGUAGUGUUCAGUCUGCUACAAGUCUACGGAUACGUACGGAAAUCUCAGACAAACGCAGCCGUGGGCACGUUGAUUCAGAGCUUAGCACCUCUCAAUUCAGCUGCCAAUCCCAUCAUAUACUGUCUCUUCAGCACUUCGUUUUGCAAAACUGUACGGAACAUGCACACGAUCUCCUGGGUUUCCAGCUGGUGCACGUCGAAUCCUCACCACUGUUUCGGCACCGGUGGCCCAAACAGCAUCACCAGGACGACAGUGACCACGUCUCUGACGGCGCAGUCCUCGCGAAGAAGCGGUCACCUAGCGAUGUUGCACACGACGACGAGAAAACGAGUGAUGGUGUCGCUGGUGUGA